CUCAAAAUCAAUUCUUCUGCCAGACUUGCCUAGGCAGAACUGUGGCCACCCCAGAGCACACUUCCUGCCUCUCUGACAAGAGGAUAGCCUGAAGGCCUACCAGUGCUGUGCUCUUCAGGGACACAGAGAAUCUGGACUCCUUGGUGUCUUCACAGCCUCCUCUCUCGAGGCACAGGCUGCUGAGGCCUUGGUGAUCACAGAAACUUGGGGUAAGAGAGAAUGCCUUCCUUUCUUUGAGAUGGAGGAAGGGCUUAAAGUCACUGGGAGAGGGCACGUUAUGCUUGUUCUGAGGCUGGCUAGUGAGGUAGGAAGAGGGAGGUCAUGGUGAGGUGUGUAGGGCAGGCCUGUGUGGAUGUCCAGAGUCCCUUGCAUGUUUCCUAUCCUCUUAGAGACCUGACCUUGUUGUAUGUUGAGAAAGCAUGGCUCCUGGAAGGUCAGCAAAAAUGUGCUUGUAGUACAGUUUGUUAUCUACAAAAUGAGAACUUUGCUUCCCCACGGGAAAUGCAAAAUGCCAGCCCAGGAGAAGAAGAGUGAUCUAGGGUUGGGUUGUUUGGUGUUUUCUUUUGGUUUUGUUCCCCAGGAGACAAGAUCUUUCUACUUCUGCUCUAACUGUGCUUUCUUAUCCACCCGCAUUUAAGGCAGAGUAAAGCUAUCUCAGUGUCAUCUUCUUUUCUGCCAAAGAUAACUGACAAGAUACCCCGCGUUCCCAGUUCCCUUCUGAGAGAUUUUCCCCAGAGUCAACGCCACAAUUUGAAAACGAACUACCUGGUAAAUGAUAGCCAAGGCUCCAGGAGAUUGCUGAGCUUUACUUCAGUCUUGGAAUUUGAUGAGCUCUGGUGUCUUCCUUGGGGUUAAAACACUGGGUCCAUAACCGUGUGCCCUAAGAUAGUAGGUAUGCACCACAGACAGUUUUCACAGCUGAGGUCUCAAAACUGAGAUGGCCACUGUCCCAGGCUAACCCACAGCUCCUGUAAUGGUGACAGCACUGUAGCACCACUGAGUUUGAAAGGUCCCGGGGGCAUGAGCAUAAUCCUUUUGCACUUUGGUGUGAGACUUGAUUUCUGUCUCCUUUCCAUGUGCAGAGUGAACCAACGGUGCUGGCUUAGGACAUGGCCUGAUUCAAGGGGUGCUGGAUGGGAGGGCUUGGUAGGGAGAGGGUAGCACAGUUUGCUUAGCAGUGCAUAGAACAGGAUGGGCCUGCAGCUUCUGACCAGGCAGAAAGGAAACGACUCCCUUCUCAGCAGUACAGGCCUCUUCACAUCCAGUUUAGCCUGGUUGUGGUUUUGUUUUAGCCUUUUGGAGGGGAGGGAGGCAGACAGGGUCUUGGUGUGUACCCCAGGCUGGCCUGUAAUUCCUUGUGCGUGUUCUGCAUGCCUCCAGCUCACAAUGCCUACACCAGCUUCCCAAGGCCAACACCAACCAGCCUUGGCUCCUCGCAGCCUUUUAGGUGGAGCUGAAGAUCUCUGGCAGGGUCUUAGGGAAAGCAGGCUCCUGUCUGGGCAGCCCUCCUGUGUAGAAAUAGGUAGUAACUGGCACUCACACACACUCACACUAAUUAGCUCUUCCAUGAAGCAGAGUUAUCAUCAAGGUGCAAACAGACAUCUUGCUGUGUGUUUCAAGCGGAUUUCCAUCACAUGAACACCCUUGGUAAGCUUUCAGUGUAAAUGUGAGUGAGCGUUUACACUGACCUGGCUUCGUUGCUCUUCAUCUUCUGGGAGUCAAGACUUCUUCCUCCAGCCUGACUCUGUCUGUGUACUUUCACCACGUGUUCAAAUGCUUCCCUUUAGCUGGGGCCUAUCUGAAUGCAUGGCCAGUCUGAACUUCGCUUGGGACAGUGAGUGUCUUUCUGCUUGCCCAGAUCUAAAGGUUUGGCAACCUGGAGGGAAGGUGUUGGUUUGUAAUAGACAGAGAACUCUGGGCCUGUUUCCUGUCGGGUUUUGAGUAUGCCUCCACAGACCAGCCCAAGACAAAGUUUCUGGGAAAGCCCAAAUGUGAAUACUACCUAUCUAAGCAGUUUAUCACGUGACCCAGAAGUCAGCUUCUGGGAACUUCUGUAGUGUGCCUGCCAUUUUUGUAGUCUUGCAUAAUAUUACCUCCUUGUAGAAUGAGUCAGGAAUUCAGGUACAUCCUUUAGUUUUCAUCUGAAUUGGUUUCCUAGAGUCAAACUCUUUUCCCACAAAAUCUUUCUUCUUCAGAAAUCUAUUUCUUACUUUGUGCAAUUUAAUAUUUUUAUAUCUUCUCAGGGUUCCCAUGAUCCAUUCUAAUAGUUUUUUUUUAAUAUCCCUGAACCAUAUCUAGGCGUAGAUUUGAGGAGCUUUAUGAGAGAGCCAUUGGGCCAAAUGAAAGUCAGUCCUGAAGCCACGAGUGGUGGGACGCACAUGCCUUUAAAUUCAACAUUCGGGAGGCACUUGCAGGUGGAUCUCUGUGAGAUAAGAGGACAGCCUGCUCCACAAAGCAGGUUUCAGGCAAGCAAAGCUACAUAGCGAGAGCCUGCCUCAAAAGGCAUAGAGACAAAAGUAACAGAAACAGAAUUUAAAUAAGUGAAAAGCAGUAGAUGUCUCAAGCUUCAGUCAGGAUGAGCCCUGAUCCUCACAUAUAUUACAUCAUCUGCCCUGAAGCCAUCUCUCAUCUCAGCUGUCCUGACCUUAGUCAGAACCGUUACAUUAAUACUCAAUAUGAUACUAAGUGGCAGUUUAUGCAGGGUCUGUAGGGAUGCUCAGUGGCUCAGGUCACUUAGUGCUCUUGCAGAGGACCUGGGUUUGGUUCCCAGCAGGCGAGUGGUAGCUCACAAACUUCCCCAUCUAUAGUUCCCGGUGUCUUUGUUAAGAUUUUAUUGCUGUGACCACACCGAGACCAAGGCAACUUUUUUCGUACAGUGUCAAACACUUAAUUGGGGCUGGUUCACACUUUCAGAGGUUUAGUCCAUCAUCAUCAUGGCAGGAAACAUGGCAGACAUCUGGAGCUGAGAGUUGUCCAUCCUGAGCCAAGGCAGUCAGGAGCCUGUGUCCUCAGGCAGCCUGGGGAGGAGACUACUUUCACUCUGGGCGGAGCUUAAGCACAGGAGACCACAAAGCGAACCCCACCUAAGUGACACUUCCUCUAACAAGGCCACACCUGUGUGCUUCACAGCUGUUCUAUCCAGAAGGGUCCACAAUCAGGGCAGAGCUUUGUCCCUGAAGCCAGCACUUCCUACUCAUUUCCUGAAGCUGCUGUAAACUCCAUACCCACAUCUCUCAACAGUGAUACUGCAAGAGCCUCAUAUACACAGAAUCGGCCCCUAUUCUGGAGGAGACCACAAAACCUGAAGUUCCCUAUUUGAACACCAAGGACUUCAAGGAACUCAGAUCCCAGGACAAAUCAAGAAAUCCAGGAUCUGAAGUAAGAAAGGAGGUGAGAAGUUAUUUGAAGACAUGAUGGCUGGACAGGUGGUCAAAGAUGUGAAUCGACAGACAUUCACAGAGACCUGUGCUCAACAUAAGUGUCCCGGGAAGGCUCUCCAGGGAAGACGGCAUUCCAGGCCAGGAAGACUGAAAGAUUCAAAGAAAGGAUUUCAUCUGGGAAACACAGCGAGUGCUUGGAAAAUGAAUGUCAGUGUCGAUAAGGAGACAGACUAUGCUGAACUGGUCCUAUCGCCAGGAGAAAUCACACUUGGAGAGAAGAAUAGGAAGUUGAUGAAGAAUUGUGACCUGAGAAGAAGUGAGGCCAAAAAUGUCUCACUGGCUGUGUGUGCUCUGCUGAAUUCUGGAGGGGGCGUGGUCAAGGCUCCCAUUAAAAAUCAAAACUACAGCUUCACCAGAGAUGGGAUAGGACUGGACUUGGAAGAUGCUUUACGCGGUAUCCUGCCAUUAAUUCAUCAACACCUAGAUUUCAUGCAGGACAGAUGUUACUUUUUCAUUUUUGUGAAAGCAUGGACACGGAAUAACUUACUUCAGCGUAUCACCACCAAGAAAACUAAUUUCUACAAGAGAAAAUUGUCAUUUUCAGUUGAACUGAAAGCACCUGAAGCAGUGCAGGUCCUCAGAGCCGUGAAGCACUCUCAAGAGACAUCAGGGUCCAGACAAAGUUCCUGUAAUGAAGUACCAAAUGAAUGUGUUGACUUAUUUAACAGGGCAUGCUUGUCCUAUGAGGAGACAUUCUGUUUUGCCGAAUCCACACAUGCUGAAGUUAAAUUGUCCCCCAAAGAAAAGAUUUUAGAGAUUCUCCCUCAAAAUAUCUCUGCAUUUGCAAACACAGAUGGGGGAUAUUUGUUCAUUGGUUUAGAUGGGAAGAAACGGCAAAUAAUUGGUUUUGAAGCAGAAAAGAGCGAUCUUGUGCAUCUAGAGAGUGAAAUAGAAAAGUGCAUCCAGCAACUGCCUGUCACUCACUUCUGUGAGGAGAAGGAGAACAUAAAGUACACGUGCAGAUUCAUCGAAGUGCACAGACCAGGAGCUGUGUGUUCAUAUGUCUGUGCGCUGAGAGUGGAGAGAUUCUGCUGUGCAGUGUUCGCUGCAGAGCCUGAGUCCUGGCACGUGGAAGACAGCUGCGUGAAGAGGUUUACUGCGGAGGAAUGGGUCAAGCUCCAGAUGGAUCCCACUGCAGGUUUUAUUAAGCGAGGUGAGAAACGGACUCUUCAGGCAAGCACCCCACCACGCAGUCCCUGUACUCAGUUUUUCUGUGACAAUCCAGAUGCUAUGAGGAAGAGUGCUAUGAGGAAGAGUGCUCAGUUUCCAGUGGGGUCUGGAACGAUGAUAUGCUCCCCAGCAGCCAUGUGCACACAAAGGUUCUCACAACAGCGAAGAUGUGAGCAGUUACUCCAGACAGAGUGGGACUCACUUCAUAAAGGAAGGCUGCUCAUCCCUGAGAGCUGGGUUUUGGAUCUGGGCCUGCAAGAGAAGCAGGAAGUCAUCAUCUCGGAUGUGCUUCAUAUUUCCCAGGAUGGUCUCCUGACCCUGCACAGCUUUGUCCGUGGAGAUGAGGAGCUGGAAGAUGAUAGAACUGUUCUGAGGGAACUAGGCUCCAAGUUAAAGGGCUACUGUAAACAAACUGCACUAAUAUUAAAGCAGACGCUGGUAAAUCUUGGUAAUUACCCCGGGAAAAUAGGCAUCGUGAUAAAGAUAACAUACUUGGGUCGUAAGGCAAUGUGCUUAUAUGAUUCAAGCUCGCAAAUACAUUACCCCAUCAGCUAUUAUCUGACAAACGAGACAGUAGUGGACUUAGAGAAAGCUCUUGCUAAUGUCUGUCAUAGUUGCAUGUCCCAAUAGAGUUUACCUCUGAAAAUUUAGACACACAGUUAGAUACUUUACUUUUCGAGGAAUGUCCUAAUGUCCAGGUCACGCUGGAGCUUGACCUGACAUGGAAAAUGGACUAUGGCACAAUGAUGCUUCACGUUGUAUAAGUGAUAGUGUUCUCUGAUUCUAUAAACUAUGUGAAACGUGUCUUUGAAUAACUGCACAGGACUACUAACCAAAUUCUGGGAAAGGAACUGGCCAUUCAAGAGGGCAAUGAGAAAGCAUAGCUUUGAAAACAUGUUGUGAACCAGGCAUGUGGCCUAUGCCUUUAAUUCAGUGCCUGGAGGGAGGCAGGUCAUCUGGUCUAUGUAAAGAUUUCCCGGGCCGGCAGGCUUAUGCAGAGACCCUGCCUCAAAAUUAAUUAAUUGAUUGAUUGACCAAUUGAUUAAUAAGAGUCUCUGUCUGCAUAGCCACUCCUUCCUGAUGAAGUGCAUGGUGCCUUCAUGCUUGGAAGACACUCUUCCUAUGCAGUUAGUACAGAAAACGAAGAAAGAGGCUACAUAAUAAGACGUUUUCGUUUAAGUGUUGUUGUUCAGUAUCGUGUUAUUGCUGUUCAAUAUGUGAUUUGUGUGUGAAAACCUGACAAGGAUUUUUCCACAUAUCCAAAUUGUACAGACAAGGCUCAAAGUAUGCAGAAUUAAAUCAAAGACACAUAGAAAAUGAAUACAGCUGUUUUCUGUGAGGAGAGUUCCUUCUCUCUUAAAGGAAACACUGUGUCUCCUGGGUGUAAGGCUACAAAAAGACAGUCAAGAGAUCUCAGGAAUUAGGCAAUGCAAGCAGUCUCUAUGGGCUAUGGCAUGGCCUGGAUUUUCUAUGUGUGAGAUUGUUCCUUACGAAGUAAUGAUAGUAUGAGCUUAAGAUGUCGAUAUUAUUCAUUUACGGUUUGAUUUGCUGUAUUUUUUACGUUCGUAUCAAGUUUGUUGUGCUGUACAUUAAUACCUUUAAUGUAAAGGUAUUGGCAGCACUGAGUUUAUGAGCGAGUAUUAUGUAUAAAUUUAGAAUGUUGGUAUUUCCUUCAUAAAGGAAGCAGUGUCCUUGUUGUACAUCUGCGUUUGUGAAUGAUAAUAUUUGUAAGCACUUGGGCCCCUAGGGGUGGUUUCUAUGUAGUGGCAACCUGUUGUGAUUUGAUGGUGUUCCUCAAGAGAUGGUGGCCCUUCCUGAGAAUCCCGAUGGCUGGGCUGUGAGCUGGGUGCUCACAGACCCCAAUCCUCCUUAGCCACAUUUCCUGUUCUGAUUGAUUUAUCAAUACAGCUUAUUUUAAAAUCUACUUCAUUUUUCAUCUACUUUGUUCUCAUAUCUGUGACUCUAUGAAUGCAGUUCAUCUGCUUGUAUCUUUCUUCGCUGAAUCUUCACUGUGUUUGCAUAGUUAUACAUACCAAAAGUCGUAAGCCAACAAAAUGU